GUUUUCUCAUCGAUUGCCAGAGAAACUUUCGAAACUUCUACGGCGCGUUGACGUUCAGGCAGAAAUUUAAUUUCGGAAAAAUCCGAGAAAAAUCGGUAUUACCAGUAAUAUUUUAUCGUUGCAAAUGUUGUAAAGGAACAAAAGUAAAUUGUGAUCAUAAUUUAGUGUUCUUUUGAACGGAAUAUCGGGUAAAAAUUUGUGCGAAAAAGUGCUUGCAGUAAGGAUAAUCUUCGACUUGUCGGUAGUAAGGAAUAGCUGUGCGAAGGGGACGGCAAAAGCAUAGAGGAAAAAAAUAAAGUGAAUUUGUUGGAAAGUACCGUUUGUUAACAAUCCAGGUACGAGGAUUUGCAAAUUCAAGGAUUUUGUUUGGGCGACCUGAAAGCAAAAUAGCAUUUGCAACGCAAGAAAGUAAUUUUAAUUAGGAUCUAUUCGUAUGUGAAUAGAGAUAUUUUCGGAAUGGAACAACCGACAGCGGAAGCAGUUCUGCAGGGCGUUUAUACGCUGUACAAUAAUCCGAACAAGCUUGAGAAGGAAAAGGCUUCCAAGUGGCUGGAGGCGUUCCAAAAAUCGAUCCAUUCCUGGGAAAUAGCAGAUCAGCUGCUGCAGCAAAAAUACGACCUUAAUUCGUGCACGUUUGCAGCGCAAACAAUGCGAAACAAAAUUCAGAAUAGCUUCCACGAACUGCCCGAAUCCGCACAUGACUCGUUGCGGCAGAGUUUGUUAGAGCACAUUAGCCAUAUUACACUCGAGACCAAGCCCGUGAUCGUGACUCAGCUCUCGCUUGCGUUGGCCGACUUAGCCCUACUGAUGUCCUCUUGGCGUAAACCUGUCGUCACGCUGCUAGAACGUUUCUCCAAUAAUCCCAAUAUGAUGUAUGCGGUUAUCGAGCUGCUGACGUUAAUCCCGGAGGAAAUUAACUCGCGUUACCUUCGGCUCGGUGCGAAUCGCAGAAAAGAUGUGCUUACGGAACUGGAAACCGAUUCAAAUCUGGUUGGAGAGUACUUGCUGAUGUGUUUAAUGAACUGCAACGAUAACGAAGUGUUACAAACAAAAAUAUUGAAGUGCUUCACAUCUUGGUUGCACAUAAACGCCUUUAACAUGUCUCAGCUCGGAGAUAAUAUGAUUGUAGCUUAUUCGUUUCAAGUGCUUAGCAAUAUCCAUACAAAGCCGGAGAUUCACGAUGCUGCAACUGACUGUCUUUGUGCACUGCUACAAUGUUUGGAAACCAACAACAAUGGUAGCGGAAUGGACGUGAAUUUAUUUAACGGAAUUCUUAGCUUGGAGGAAGCUUACAACAUGUCGGUUGCACAGGAAGAUUUAGAUCGAUCUAUAAACAUGUGCCGGUUGUUUACAGUGCUGGUGGAAAGUAAUCUCACCAAAAUGGUAGCUGGUUCGGAAGCAACAUCACCGCAUUAUUCAAUAAAGUCCUUGGAACUGGUUCUCAACUGCGUAGGUCAUUACGACUUUGAGGUAGCGGAAAUUACCUUUAACAUGUGGUACCGAUUAAGUGAAGAUUUGUACCAGAGAAAUAAUGAAGCACUAACGGCGCACUUCAAACCGUAUGUGGAACGUUUGAUCGCUGCGCUGUAUAAACACUGUCAGAUGGAAGCCGAUCACGAAGGAUUGAUAGAGGAAGGGGAUACUUUCAAGGAUUUUCGCUUCAAAGUAUCGGAGAUUAUCAAGGAUGUCAUAUUCAUCGUCAGUUCGAUCAGCUGUUUCAAACAAAUGUUCGUCAUACUGCAGAGUCCAAACGUGACCUGGGAAUCCAGCGAGGCCGCGCUCUUUAUCAUGGAGAACGUCGCGCGAAAUAUACUACCAGAGAUAAUGCAAUUGGGAGAACGCGACAUACCAGCGUCCAGAUUCAACCAGCUCUGUGAGGAGAGCGAGGUUGUUCCGAAAGUAGUCGAAGCGAUCCUGAACCUACCGGAGAACUGCCACAUCGCCAUCCGGCACACGUCGAUCAACAUCCUGGGCGAACUAUGCGAUUGGAUUGACUCAAAUCCCGAAACUUUGCAACCAAUCCUGAACUUUCUACUCUGCGCGCUACAGCAAAAAAAUGGUCUUGCGACUGCUGCCGCAAAUGCCCUGCAGUCGAUUUGUUCGGCUUGUAAGAAACAUAUGCUUGGUCACAUAACAGGUUUGAUGGAAAUUGCACGCUGUUUGGAUGGAUUCGAGAUUCAAACCGAAUCAGCUAUUGGGCUGUUAAAAGGAAUAUCCAUUAUCAUUGGUCGGUUACCGGCAGCACAACUUACACCAGCUAUGCAGGAACUCUGCAGCUUCCAAGUGCAGGCAUUGAGUCAGUUGACAAGCGUUGAAGAUAAUGAGCUCGGCGUGAAAAAAGAUCGUCAUGACCCCGUUUUUUGGGUUGACCGCUUGGCAUCGAUUUACCGGCACGUGAACCCAACUGUUGAAGACAAUACGGUGAAUCCUUGUGUGUUUGUCAUCGUUAACAACUGGAGUGUACUAUCCCGGGCGAUGGAAUGCUUUAAGGACGAUUCAAAAAUAAUGGAACGUAUAGUUCGCUGCAUUCGUUAUGCCAUUCGCUGUGUUGGCAAGCAGGCAAUGCCAAUUCUAGAACCUCUAGUAAAACAAAUAAUUACAAUCUACUCAGGCCACAAUCACAGCUGUUUGCUAUAUUUGGGAAGCAUUUUAGUGGAUGAAUUUGCCUGCGAACCAAGUUGUAUUCAGGGUCUACUGAAUAUGCUACAAGCGUUCAUUCAGCCGACUUUCCAAGUACUACAGGUGGAAAACGGUCUGAAAAAUCAUCCCGACAUGGUCGACGACUUUUUUCGGCUCGUAGCUCGCUUCAUUCAACGAUCACCGUUUCAACUUCUGCAAAGCCCUCUAGUAACACCAAUCAUCCAAUGCGGUUUGCUUGCAUGUACUCUGGAUCAUCGGGAUGCCAAUCUAUCGGUAAUGCGAUUUUUCUGCAGUCUACUCAGCUACGGUCGCCACGAUCGUGCCGACGAGUUACGUUCGAUCGUUCAUAGCAUUUUACUACAACAUGGUGAGUCGCUGAUUAUGAAUCUGCUGUAUGCUUCGGUGUUUUGUCUCCACUCUUACAUGCUUUCGGAUGUGGCAGACGUUUUCGUCGAAAUCAAGCAGCUCAAUCCUCAGCAGUUGGAAGGUUACGUUCGAAAGGCGGUUGACGCUUUACCCAAUAAGAACAGCGGUGGAUGUGUCACUGUAACCCAUGAACAAAUGAUAGAAUUUGUGGAAAGCAUCGUCAAGUCGGAAACUCCAAGGGCGGUGACACAAGCGUUGCAAGAAUUCGCGCGGUUAUAUCGAUAAACAAAGCGGAUGGCAUGGCAAAAAUUCGUUUUUGUGUGUGAUGCAGAACGCAUGUGUGCGUAUCGACAUUGAAAGUUAUUUCAUUGUGUACAUAAAUUAGUGCUAAAACAAGUGUAAUUGUAUUCCUUCUUAAUGUAGGAAAUUUUGAUUUAGUUUACCGUAAGGACAAAUGCAUUGUCUGACGAGCAGAGCAAAUGCGACCAAUAAAAACGCAACUCUGAAAACAGCGAGGGUGAUCAUUUUAGGAAAAAGUCUAUAAUAUUGAUAGUUACAAGACUAAAAUGGUAGUAUGAUAUUGAAUAAAAAGUGACAAUUGAUGAAUUAAUAAUAA